AUGGAUGAUGAGUUGGCCUCAAAAGACUUAUCUGCACACGUCGUAGUCGCCUUAGAGGAUCCGUCCCACAUACAUUACAAAGACCUUUGGCUUGAGAGCUCAACUGGUGCCGAGCAGUGCGUUCUUGAGCUUUUCAGUUUCGGUAAGGUGAAAGAUGCUGGGGCGGAGUUGCGAGCAAUGCUGACAACGGCUAUGUGGCAAAAACUGCAACGACUUACCAUGCUGACUUUGAGUUGCCAAGAGCGGGUCCUCAGCUAUGAGCGAAUCCGCGAUGAGUGCGCGCUGGGAGCGUGCGGCGAAGCAGAGCAGCUGGUUAUGAGCCUUGGCAGCCUCGCAGAGUUUAGUAUAGACCAGGUCAAGCAACUGGUGGUCGUGCAAAAGUGUCGUGACUGUCGCGAUGUUUAUAACGGCGAGCGGGCGCUGAUCGUGGUGGGCUCGCCCGUGGCGUCCGGCCAAGAAAUCUUGCACGACCUGCAGAGAUGGCAACGCAAGCUUGGCAACGACAUGCUGUGA